CACAACAAAGAAAUACUUUUUUUUCUAAAAACGUUUAACUACUGCUCCUCUUCUGUUUGAAAAAAUAAGCAAGCAAAUGGCGAAUACCUCGCGCCCAGCUCGCCUAAUAACCCACCCGACCCACUCCUACCACGCCCUGGUGCUCACCGCCGCGGGUGACAACACCUUCCUCUGCGACGGGUGCCGGUGCCACGGCUCCGGCCUCUGCUACCGCUGCGCCCGCUGCGACUUCAACCUGCACGAGCACUGCGCGACGUGCCCCCCGACCCUCCCCUCCUUCGCGCACCCGCAGCACGCUCUGACCCUCGAGCCCUUCCCCGACGGCGGCGGCAGCAGCCGGGACGCCGCUCCGCGCGACUGCGACCUCUGCCGCGGCCCGAUCAAAGGCAUGAGCUACCGCUGCCGGCCGUGCGGCUUCCACCUGCACCCGACGUGCGCGCUGCUGCCGCCUGCGGCCGCGGGGUCGGCGUUCCACCCGGAGCACGUGCUGGCGCUCGUGCCGGCGGCGCCGCGGCCCUGCUCGGCCUGCGGGAAGGAGUGCGUCGUCUGGCGCUACCGCUGCGACCCCUGCCGGAUCGACCUCCACCCGGGCUGCCUCCACGCCGCGAAGAGCGCUGUCGUCGUCGCCAGGCCGACGAGGAGGACGGCGAUGAGAUUCGGGAUCGAGCUCGGCCGGAGAUUCAGAAUAGGGGCCACUCUCACGGUUGAUAGGCCGAAAGUGAACUAGAUGCCUACCCUUCGCCGUUGGAUUUAAUAUUUGUUGGCGCCAAAAAAAAAAAAAAAAACUGUGUCACUCCAACGGUUUGAUCUGGUCAACAUCUCGGGCAAUUAGGUUCGCAGUGAAAUAGUGCUUAAUAAUACGAAAUUUAUAGGUCAAUAGAAUAGAAUAGAAUGCUUCCUAUAGAAGUUAAUUUUCUAUAUUUGCAUAUCUACAAGCGUGCUCCCUGUUAUGUUUGCUCUGUUUGAGUCCCUGUUAUGUACUGUGUCUAAGUAAUAAAAGUAUCUCACUUUUGAGGAA